CCCCGGGCCUGGAAGCUCUCUGCCACUGCUGUAUGUGACACCAUGGAGCGGUAACAGAUAGAAAGCUAUUUUUGUGUGUUAUGUAACCAGCAUGCUCAGUUCGGUAUCAGCGCAGAAGAACGUAGCACCUGUGGGAAACAACACAUAGACGCUACCAGCCUUUUAUGUUGGGAAGUAAAACAGGGUGUGGGCAGUCUCCCAUGAUUACAAACAAUCAGACGUCUGCGCUAUCCAAUACUAUGUGUAGAGCUUCUUGCAACCCUGGAGAUAAGUAUGUUUAGAAGUCUGGUGCGGUAUGGUAUGGCGUCCAAGAAAAAACAUGCAGACCAAUGAAGUCACACAGACCAGCCGCCCAGACAGGCCUCAGACCAGUCAGGAUGAUGGUGGUAUUGCAGGUUCUGCUUCUGGAAGCCGACCUCCUGUAAGGCGCCCAUCACAGGGCUUGGGACACUUACCCAGGAGGCCAACUAAGACACGGCGUCUUGGCUCUGAUUCUGCACCUCCAUCAUCCCCACCCAGGCGAAGACUAUCGGCAGUGUCACCCCAGCCACCACUGGCACUAUUGGCGAGUUCGCAGAGUGAUGAGCCCAGAUCACCUCAGUUAUCUGAGCACAACCUGAUGUCCGCCGAGGACCAGCAGGGACCAGAACAACAGCCAUCCUUCACACUGCAAUUAACAGCUGUGGAUCCAAGCAUGCCAAUCCAGUUGCAGGAUAUACCCCAACCAUCCAGCAGUCCACAACUGCCACAAGCUCCGCCCCCAAGCCAAAUUCCGGACGAUUUUUGGGCAAGUUGGACAAGCCAACAGGCCCAAAGCAAUGCCACCCUGACCCAACAUACACAACACCUUGCCAGUCUGCCCCAUCAUCUACCGCGUAUUAGUCGCAACUCGGGCAGACUAAUAGUACAAGUAGGGAGAAUGGCUACCUCUAUGGAGCAAAUUAGGGCAGAAAACAGCCAAAUGAAUGCUAAUUUAUCCCGCAUUAUAGAUGAACAACAGCGACAUCAGCAGGCACUAGUUCAGAUAAUUCAACACAAUCAAGUGGUGAAUGAGGCCUUAUCCAGGAUUGUAGCCAGCCACACUGCUACAAACACUCAGCUGAUUGCCAGUUUAAAUAAUCUGAGCAGCAAUAUUGCUAUGAUGGAUAUAGGAUUCAUCACCACUGAUAAUCUCCCAGAGUUUGAGUGA